AUGAUUCGAGCUGCAACCCCUCUCACAAUCCUCCUCUUCGCCGCCUUCGCCCUUUUACUUAUCAGCGUCAUCUCCGUCCCUAUCAUCAAACCGAUCACCCUUGCUACCUACGGCGAUGUCUCCUACGGUGUCUUUGGUUAUUGUGUCGGAAAUCAAUGUAGUCCUAUCGAAAUUGGUUACAAUCCUGAUACCGCUUUGAAGGACCCGACUAGGACCGACUUUUCUUUACCAUCCAAUGCCCGUCAUUCCCUCUCUAGCCUUCUCAUCAUUCACCCGAUCGCUGCUGCUUUCACCCUUGUUCUUAUGAUCUUGGCCGCUUGUUCCCAUCUCCACGGUCCUUCCAACAAUCCCAAAUACCUUCUCGGUACAUUGCUAUUCGCCCUCCCGACUUUCCUGGUCACUCUUCUCGCCUUCCUCGUCGACAUCCUCCUCUUCAUUCCACAUUUGUCAUGGGGCGGCUGGCUCGUCCUCGCCGCUACUAUUUGUAUCUUGACCGCGGGGAUCAUGACCUGUGCCAUGAGGCGCACUGUCGUUUCCAGAGCCGCCCAGAAGGCUAGAAUCGCCGUCAAUGCUGAAAUGAACGGCGAUGCCUUCCGCGAACAACGAGCAGCCGCCAUCAACCAACGGGAUAAUCCAUCCGAAUAUGGAAACAACUCUACGACCGCCGUCGGAAGCUCACCGGCACCGAUGAUGCGUGAACCUAAAAUCCCAGAAUUUGCGACCUUUGAUGUUACCAGCCACAAGACGAGCACCGAUAACGAUAGGACGCCCUUGAACCCUCGCGGACAGACACCUCAACCGAACGACCUACCCGCUUUCCCCAACCCGGAACGUCCUGGUGGAUUCAACCCGAACAUUCCUCGACAUCCGACCCCUGGAGAUUCCGGGGAUUCGGAGUUUAAUCCGGCGCUGAGCAGACAGAGAUCGAAUCAUACUAUGAACUCCGAUGGUUUUGGACCUGCUUCGUCCUUUGAUAGACAUGGAACACCACCGGUGCCGAUGAUGAUGGGUGGCGCCGGUGGAAGGGGUGGAUACCCACCGAGAGGUGGUCCGAUGAUGAGAGGUAGAGGCGGACCGGGCGGUAUGGGUCCCCGGGGUGGUGGGUUUGGCCCACCAAGAGGUGGAAUGGGUCCCAGAGGUGGACCUGGUAUGGGUACCAGAGGCGGCCCGUCGUUCAGAGGACGCGGUGGACCGAACGGAUUUUAUGUCGGAGGACCCAACGGUUCGUUGAAUUCGGUCGAGGACAGACCGUAUAUUGGACCUGGCCCACCACCACUUUUCAUGAGACCUGGAGAUCAAGGGCCGGAUUUCAGAGGCCCGAGUCCCGGAUUUGAAAGUGAUAAUAUGUACGGACCACCACCGAGAGGAAACGAUAUGAAUUUUGACCAAGGUGGACCCUACGGACCACCCCCAAGGAGGCCGACCAUUGAAACACCGCCGAUUGAUCAGGGUGGACCGUACGGACCGCCUCCAAGAAGACCUACGAAUGAAAUUCCGCCUCCCGAUAAUAUUGGAUAUAUCCAGGCUGAAAACCCGCGAUACGCCUCUCCACCACCGCUUCCUACCGAAAUUCAGCAAAAUGUAAAUAAUAAUAACAACAACAGAUAUGAUGCAUACGAAAUGGAUGCGGCUCCGAUCAUGACUGCAGAGCCCGUCGGAUUGGCAGCAAGUGGACACCCGGGACAGCUCAGAACUCCUAGUCCGGCUCUUCAAAGCCCUGCUAGCAAGUAUUCGCAAGAAGAAUAUGUACCGCCUAGGACUGCUUGGGCUGCUAGCGGCAGGGAGUCACCACGUCCAGAGGGCCCUCUAGCAGAGCUUCCCGUCGAAUUACCUACUACAACUUCCCCUCCACAACCCGUCCACCCAUCUUCCCCUCCAAGACCGCGAAGAUCGCAGGAUUACUACGAGGAUGUUGAUCCACGAUUUGACAACCCACCAAACCCAACUGCUAUUCCCGCGAUUCUCACCCCAGGAUAUACCCCGCCACCAACCAUGGCACUUGCUGAAUACCCACCGGAUGCACGCGGAGAGCGUGGCGCUCCACCACCCCAACGCGAACCUAGGAGCAAUAAUGUAGCUUACCAGGACCCCAGCGGCUCUUAUGAAGAACUUCAACCCGGCCAGCGUAGCCCCGCGAUGUCGACUAGCAGUCACUUCACGAGCAUCAGCCAGAGGGGUGUUAACCCUCGAUGGCAAGGUGAAGGUGCCCCCAAUCUGCCGAAUAGAGAUCCCAGACGGCCACCACGACAGCAGGAUCAGAUACUAGCGAACAAUCCCGACUUUGAACUGCCGCGGGUCGGUGGUGGUGUUGGUGGUGGUGGUGGUGGACGAGGCCGACGUGGCGGGUUUGGAUACUAA